ACAAUGACAUCCAUAAAUGACAUACAAUGACAUACGUAUCUUUUAUUUUCAUUUUAUGGAGAAAAAUCGAAACCACAUAUCUAGCCACAGAAAGUUACAAUCUAGACUCCGGGUAACCCGGGGAAGUUAAAAUAUACUUUUUAAACAAGCCGCCAUAUAAAUAAACCCCUUUCAUACAUCGGAUAUCGAUAUAUUUAUAUAUUUAUCGACAACCCUAAUCACUAGAAACAUGAGCGCCUUCCAAGAUCUUUACAAAAAAGGCAUGGAUCGCGGCGCCCACCAAAGACAGCGCCAAAAGGAUCUCCUCAGGCAACAGAAGCUGCGGCGCCAGCAGGACCAGGAUGGCUCCAGAUCACUGCCGGAAACCGACUCUGAAAAACCAUCAACAAGCCAUUUUGGCAAAAAACAACGUGCUGCCAGGAGAAACGAGUUCCCUUUUAGGCCGCAGCUUUCCGAGUGGCUGCGUGAUAAGCCGGAGGAACUGGGCGAGUGGAUGCUAGUGCCGUGUCCUGUCGGAAGGCGAUGUCUGGUGGUUGCUUACAAUGGAAAAACCAAGGUAUACACAAAAGCCGGCUACUGCUUUCAGGAGUUCCGAUCCAGUUUGCCGGGCGAUGUCACCCAAAUGAAGUACCAAUCAGUGCUGGACUGCGUCUACGUGGAGAAGGAGGAAACUUUUUAUGUGCUGGACGCUAUCUCCUUUGGCCAGCAGGAGCUGCAGGAGUGCGAAGCUGUGUUUCGCUUCUAUUGGCUGCGCGCCCGUUUCGAAGAGAAUGAUUUCGCCAAGAUUGGCGAACACAACGAAAAGGCAUUCGUCCUGGUGGAUCACCACGACUUCGACAACACCUCGGCCAUCGAGGAGGCGCUCCAGAAGUACCCUCUAUGGGAUGGCAACAAGCCAGCUCUGGACGGUUUUCUAUUCUAUCACAAAGAGGCGAGUUACGUGUGUGGCACUACUCCCUUGGUUUGCUGGCUGUUCGCCUUCAUGGUGCCGGCUGUACUGGGACUGCCGGUCAGUGGCAACUACGAAGCUCCGGAAAACUACCAGCCCAGUCAGCCGCUGGAGUACAUGAACGAGUUCGAUCGUAAGCUGGAUGAGCAACGAUCGCAGCGACGUAAGCAAAAGAAAAAAAAAGUGCCCUCCGAUGAAGCAGAAAAGGAGGAGCAAGCAUCUUCCUCCAUGGUCCAGGAUGUGCAGGACGAUGACGACGAUAGCGAUGAGUUCGCCAGCCUUAAAAGUCUUCUCGACCACGAACGGCGCCUGGAGCUGGGCGAAUUGGACAUGGACUGUGAAGAGUCGCCGUCAGCUGUCAGCUGCUAG